CCUAAAACCCUAUAACCAAUGAGGAACCCCGCUACUUCAUUAAAGUCGUUUACAGCGGUUCGGCCCGUGCCGAAUAGUUUCUAUCGAAUAGUAUGAAUAAUAAGGGUUUAAUUAGGUAAUAAACAUGUCGUGAUCUCGGAAUCUUUUCAGCUCGCCACUUUAACUUUCCCCAACCAUCCAGAUUCCAGAAACCCCCAUUCAUACUGUCCUUUGAUAUUAUGAAUCACUGUCUUAACAUUCUGAUAUACCUAGUACAUAAGCAGCCACAUUUCCUUUUUCAUUAAGUUAACAUAUUACUACGCUAUCAACUAAAACCUUGACUCUUCCAAGUUAUUCUAAAGUCUGAGGCAACCAAAGAUCGCCAAAGAGAGCACGCUUUCGUCCAUCAGAUAUUAUCAUAUCGCAUCAAACCGAACCAAACCAAGCUAACCCAAAAUGAGCGGUGAUAACCUCCACCACAUCAACUCGCUCGCCGAGCUUCAAUCGCUCUUCGCCUCGACCACAUACGUCGUCGUGGACUUUUACGCGGACUGGUGCGGGCCGUGCAAGGCCAUCGCGCCGCACUACGAGACCUUAGCCAAGCAGCACUCGGCGCCGGGCAUCCUAGCCUUCGCUAAGGUCAACGUGGACCAUGCACAGGAUGCGGCGCGCGCUCACAGCGUCUCCGCCAUGCCCACCUUCAUGUUCUUCAAGGAGGGUCGCCAGGUCGCCGUCAACGGACAACCCAUGAUCCGCGGUGCAGACCCCCGCGCGCUUUCGGCUGCCGCUGAGAAGCUAAGCGGGCUGGCGAAGAAGCGGAUGGCUGCUGCGUAAUCUGCUGCGCGAGGGGAAGAAAGACCGGAGAGGGCGAGGGUGGAAUGGAUGAUUCGGAAUUCAUUAAAUGGGACGUGUUGCUGAUUGGC